AUGUCAGGGGGCUAUCUGAGGUAUGAGACGUGUCCUGAGGUGCGAGACAGGCGAUGGGCAGCUGGGAGAAAGGAAAAGCUGUGUUUGCACCGAGAUUUCACCCAGGUUCUGCUGCUUGCCGUGAAACAAAAGCAGUGGGGCACUAGCAGUCAAAGGACAUUCACAGCCCUGCAGAGGGAGACUGCUGCAGAGAGAAACUCAAGCUCUACAAAGGAAUCUCAGGCAUCACAAAAUGCAAAAUUGAUUUCACCCAUGGUCAUUUCACGGAUGACUGAUGAGAAUAAGUCAAAAGAAAAUGGAUCUGCGUUGUCAGCGUAUGUAGGUGCUUACCCAGCAAAGCAGUCUGUGGCUGAUCCUGGUCCAGCUGACGUUCAUAGCGCGUUCACAUUGCUUCCCAGUAGGUUAGGAAUUCAAGCAUCUUUGGAUGGUGCUGUGGCUCAAGCGGACUCCGGCGUCGCGGGAGAAGACCGGUGUCCAAACCAGCAGAGAGGGUUCGCCUCCAUAACCGUUACUGCCCGGCGAGUCAGUGGGCCCCGGAGCACCCCAGUGCCGGGGGCUCAGCCCCGUGGGGAUGGCGAUGCGUGCGCCAACGCUGCCGCGGCGCCUACCAUGGCGAGCGAAGCUGGACCUGCUCCCCAGGGCAAACCUCUUCCAAAUCGAGGAUCUCAUGCAAACUGCAAUGUCACCGGCUUAAAGGUUUCUGAAUCAUGCUGGCGGUUACGUGAUGAGCCUCGAGACCGGCUUUUCGACUCUGUGAAUGAGGAGACCAGAGUGGUCCUUCGAAGCAGCGGCUGGAGAGAAAAAGUACCACCUUCAUUCACCUCAUGUGUUCAUCUUCAACUUCCCCAGCAGUGUCCAAAUACUGUCUAUUACUUAGACAAGUCACUCCAUGUGUGCAUUGACCAACCUCAGAUUAAACGCCAAAAAGUUCAUAGAUCGACAUUGUCCUUCCAUAUAAAUUGCAGUUCGUCUAGAUUAACAGCAGAUGGAGUAGAUGGCAUAGCUAAUGGAGAGCCAUUAGAGGAGACACUUAAGUCAAAGCUCCUAGGAGGAAACAAGACUCCACUCAAAGCAAGCUGGAGUGCAAAUUUAAUAGAAAAUAAUGUAAUUAAAAAACGGACAACAGAUGAGGGCUGUUUGGGUACUAAAUGCCCUUUGAAAAGUGUCUUUCCCUCUCAACUUCCAGCAUUUGUGGACGUACCUGAAGGACCUAACAAUGUACUAGUAAUAAAGAAAGAAGAUAAUAACCAGCCUGGCAGCAGUCGCACUGCAUUUUCUAUCCAGCUCCCUAGCCCAAGUUAUGAGGCAGGUACGGGGAUGUUCUUGGCAAGCAACAAGAAGCAGUGUGCCUCGGGCAGGAGCUGCACCGCUGCCCCUGCCUCUUGCCUGCAUCCAGCAUCCAAACAGGAGUCCGCUGCUGCCUCCGACAGCUCGUCAGCAGGGAAAGAUCCCUCCAGAGGCACCGCCAGAUCCAAAGAGAGCCGACCACCGUGCUUCCCGCAGCCAAAAAUAUCCAUCUCCGAUAGUACGUGCAAUAUAAAAACGCUGUCAAGAAUCGUCUUGGAAGCAAACGUUCACGGGCAAAAUCAGUUCCUGAAAGGUGAUUACAAAUUCUGUGGUUCAAAUGACAAAAUAAAGGAGCCUAAGGACCGGGCUGAGCAGGAGAGAGCCAGAGGGGUAACACUGUCUGCAGCUCACUUGCCAGAUGUUGCUCGUGAGAAAAAAGACACGCUCCCCUGGCCAGAGAUCUGCUCGGAGCCUGAGAAAAUUCCACCAAGCCCACUGACUCUGAGGGAAGCACUAGAAAUCCAUAAACCUCAGUUCAUCUCUCGUUCACAAGAAAGGCUGAAAAAACUCAAGCAUAUGGUACAGCUGCGGAAAGCCCAGCAGAGUGAUGCUCUGGGAAGGAAACCGGGAGCGCUGCUUGUUCGCAAACUGUCUUCAACAUCCUUUUCGAGCAAAAAAAAGCAAUAUACCAUUCCUCACCCGCUCAGCGAUAACCUCUUCAAACCAAAGGAAAGAUUCAUUCCAGAGAAAGAGAUGCAUAUGAGAUCUAAAAGAAUUUAUGAUAAUUUACCUGAAGUAAAAAAGAAACAAGAAGAAAAACAGAAACGAAUAAUCAUCCAGAGUAACAGAUUGCGUGUUGAGAUCUUUAAAAAGCAAUUACUGGACCAGCUCCUUCAAAGAAACACAGAGUGA